UUCACCAAUCGCGAGCCACGUCAUGGCAGGUUAACUCCUCCCUACUUCAAAACAGAUGUCAGAUAAUCGAAAAUACUUUUUCUUUAAAAACUCAAGUUUUCCCAUACCAAUUUUAAUUUGAUUUCGUCGCAGCCGAGUCGAUUUUCCCGGCACCCUCCCAUUUUGCUUUGAAAUGUUAAAUUUAUCGUGACAGCAAUCCUGCAACUUGGCCAGGUUUUGCUGAUAAGGAUAUCCAAAUUAAUCACCUGUUUUCAAGAUAAUGUUUUUUCAAUGCACGAAGCAAUAAUGUUUUUAAGUGCGACGCGGCGUUCCUGACAAAGUGUUCAAUAUUGUUUAACAUGUCCAGCGUUAGGAGUAAGUGUGUUAGGUUUCUAUUCAGUGGGUGUUUACUGUUGUUACCUUCGAUAUGCUUCUGCGAAAACACCAAACCUAUGACCAAAGAGGAGAGAAUAAAGCUGAGGGAAGAAGCAAGGGAUAUGUUUUACCAUGCAUACAAUGCUUACAUGGAGAAUGCUUAUCCUGCUGAUGAACUUAUGCCCCUUAGCUGUACCGGGCGAUAUAGGGGGCUUACGCCAAACCGGGGCGAUAUAGAUGAUUCUUUAGGAAAUUUUUCCCUUACCUUAAUAGACACAUUAGACAGUUUAGUGAUACUAGGCGACCUAGAAGAAUUCGAGCACGCUGUUAAGCUUGUGAUAAACGAUGUAACGUUCGACAACGAUGUUGUGGUAUCCGUUUUUGAGACCAAUAUACGGGUAGUCGGAGGACUAUUGUCGGCCCACUUGAUGGCCGACUUGUUGCAACAAAGGGACAAUAUAAUGCUCUGGUAUAAAAGUGAACUGUUGGACAUGGCCAAAGAUAUUGGUUACCGGUUAUUACCUGCUUUUAACACCACUACGGGCAUACCCUAUUCUAGGGUAAAUUUAAGGUACGGCAUUAAGUCGGACAAACUGGAAUCCGCCCGGGAAACCUGUACCGCCUGCGCCGGCUCAAUGAUUCUGGAAAUGGCGGCAUUGUCGCGCUUGACCGGCGAACCCAUAUUCGAAGAUAAAGCCCACAAGGCGAUGGACGAGCUGUGGAAAAUGCGUCACCGCAGUUCCGACCUGAUGGGCACCGUGUUAAACGUGCACUCGGGGGACUGGGUGCGUCGCGACUCGGGGGUGGGCGCCGGCAUCGAUUCCUACUACGAGUACUGCCUGAAAGCUUACAUCCUUCUCGGCGACAACAAAUACCUGAACCGAUUCAACAGACACUACAAUGCGGUCAUGAAGUACAUCUCGCAGGGACCGAUGCUGCUCGAUGUACAUAUGCACCGGCCUCACACCACCUCGCGCAAUUUCAUGGACGCGUUGCUCGCCUUCUGGCCUGGUUUGCAGGUCCUCAAAGGUGACAUCAAGCCCGCGGUCGAAACCCACGAGAUGCUGUACCAGGUGAUGCAACGUCACAAGUUCAUUCCGGAAGCUUUCACUACGGAUUUCCAAGUGCACUGGGGCAAUCAUCCGUUACGACCCGAGUUCCUAGAGUCGACGUAUUUUUUGUAUAGCGCGACCGGCGAUCCCUACUAUCUGGAAGUGGGCAAAAACGUGCUGCGUAGUCUGCAAAAGUACGCACGCGUGCCGUGCGGCUACGCCGCCGUCAACGACGUGCGUACCGGCAAGCAGGAGGACCGUAUGGACUCGUUCGUCCUUGCAGAGACUUUCAAAUAUUUGUUUCUGCUAUUCGCCGACAAGGCGGACGUCGUCGUCGACCUCGACGAGUUCAUAUUCACGACCGAGGGUCACCUGUUUCCGUUAACGUUGGCCGGUCACGGGACUAAUGGUACCGGGAACGCCCAUGACAACCAGGCCGAGGAAGCGGAGUUCGCGCUGUCGUGCCCGAACACGCUGAAACUGUUCCCGGGCGCCGUCAGGAAACCGUUGCGCAAUAUGGUCGACGGCAUGUGUCCCAGAAGGGGCUCACCCAAAAGGUUAACGGCGAGCGAGUUUUCAGCGUCCAACAUCAACCACCUCCGCGUUAUCAAGGACAUGGGCAUCAACAUAAUCGCAUUGAGUGACGGUCGCGUACAGCUCCUUCACACUCCCUCCGCCGCACGGUCCGCGCUGGACGCGGAAGAAGGCCUGAUGUUUAUGCACGAGAUGGCGGAGUUGUCGAAACUGCAAGCCCAACAGCCGGAUCCGUCGCCGUUGGAGAUCUCUUUCCCGAUACGGGGCGACGGUGACGCGGUACAAACGGUCACCGUUCACGCCGGCCCCGCCCAAUUCGGGCGUGUCCUCAAGGGCGACCAACAGGUGACCGCGAGAACGGUUAUAGUGCAACCGUUUCGCGGUUGCGAAGAGCCGAAACAUCGCGACCUGAUCGCCGGCCGCAUAGCCAUAAUGGAACGCGGCGAUUGUAUGUUCGUUGACAAGGUGCGCAGGGCGCAAAAAUACGGCGCCGUCGCGGCCGUGAUCGUCGACAACGUAGCGGGCAGCAGCGUUGCCAGUUCGCCCAUGUUUUCGAUGUCGGGCGACGGUAGCGAUGACGUCACGAUCCCCUCGGCGUUCCUGUUUACCGAGGACGCGGCCAAGCUGCUGCUCGCCCUGUCGAAGGACUUGAUGCUCGAGCUGACGAUCAGGGAGAUCGGCGGCGGGACGGGGACACGCGCGACUAACGACGCCGACGAAGAGGGCAUGUUUCACAAGCUCAAGAUGUCGGUCCAGGAGUUCCUCAACAAGCACACCGGCCUGGCGUUUAGCCAAACCGUCGAGGCGGGCGGUUUCCAAGCCGACAUAGGCGCCGACAAGGUCCGGAUCACUUACGACGCGUCUAGAGAGACUCAACAACUGUCACCGCCGCCGACCGGUGACCGACCGAACCAGCAAUGGAGUCAAAUACGUAAAGGCCUGCUGAAAUCCAUCCUGCAUUCCGACAACAAGGAGCUCUACGUGCCGCUUAAUAUCUUGCGGAUUUAUUAUCAGACGUUGGGCGGGACCGAGGAUCACGGCCCACCGGAUUCCGUCAAACAGACGGAAUGGCUGCUCAACGAGAUAUCCAACGAGCACAGGCGGAAAGAUUCGUCGUCGGGUGACGAUUCUUUGGUCAAACUGGGUGAGAAUAAAGGCGUCUCCGUGUUGGCGGAUAUCGAACACGUCACCAAAGACGAAGACGGGGACAAACUGAAACUGGAUAAAUUGAAGAGGCUCAGCUCAUUACUGGAGAGCUUCAACCAGUUGGAGGACGCUUUGGAGCAGUCAGAAGCGCUGAAAGACGUGCUCGGGAAGCUCCACAGUGACACGACGGAGUCUGACGAUUUGGUGGUAGGCGGGGCCGACGAUAAAAAAGACGGGGACGCGGAACAGGAGGAGAUAGGGCAAACCCGUGCCGCCGACGAGUUAUGAUAUUGAAAAACGGUCUGCGGGAGUUUAAUCGCGUUUUCGUACAUUUUGGCAGACCAUGGGGGUGGGGCCGCGAACCGGGGACGGCGCGACUCCAUCGGCAUCGUUGGCUGUGAAAUUUGAGUACCGGUUUUCGUCGCGAUUUAAUUUAGGGGCAAGUUUUACGACACAUCUCCAUUUUUUUUCUUAUAUACAAACAAUAAAUUAGCAAUUGAAAAUGGCAAACUUGUGAUAUCUAAUAGAGCCAAGUUGAGGUUCGGUUAAGCUUUUUACAGUGUCAA